UAAUUUUAUAUAUGUUCCUACCUCUAUUAGGUUUUAUAAAAAAACGAAAGAUGGUAUCGCUAGAUCAGUAAAAAUACACCGUUUUACUAGGAACUGAGGUUAUUUGUAAUUCUCUUUUUUUUUUUUUUUUGAAGUAAAGGUUAUCCAAGUAUUUUAUUUCAUUACCUAUGUUGUCAUUAUUACUUCAAAGUUAACAGGAUAAGAAAGCUGAAGAAUACAAAAUGAUUGGAUUAUCAUACUAUGCCGGUGUUUUUUGUGUUUUAAGUAUUUUACAAACUCAUUCAUAUGAAAUUCUUGUCAUAUUCCCAACAACUGCUCAAAGUCACUACCGUGUGAUCCAACCACUUAUUCAUGGUUUAUUGGACCGUGGGCACAAAGUCACAUCUAUUACAAAUUUCCCAGAUGUCAACGCAAGAGCUAAUUUAUCCUAUAUUAAUAUUACAGGAUUAAAACCUCAUUCAAAAUUCAGUACCAAUGAAAAUGGUUUAAUGAAAUCUAUUUCACGUGUAAUUCACAAUGUCAAUACUUACGCAAAUGUACUCAAUUAUCCGCCAGUUGCGAAUCUUUUAAAAUACGGUAAAAAGUUUGACUUGGUAAUUACUGAAUUUUUCACGACUACACCAAUGUUUGCACCAAUUGCUACUGUAGUUGAAGCACCAAUUAUUGGUGUCUGUCCAAUGAUUACAUUUCCAUGGUUAAAUGAUGUAAUGGGUAUUGAAACAAAAAUGUCUUACAUGCCUAAUAUUUUUAAUAAAUUUACUGACUGCAUGUCAUUUCACCAACGAUUAAUAAAUUUUUUUACUUUGUUAUUUCAAAAUUCUAUACUUAAUUGGUUUUAUACCAGUAAAAUUAAUGAAGUUAACAAACAUUAUUUCGGCAUUCAAACAGAAUCUUUAAUAGAGUCAAUGGCUAAUAUAAGCAUGAUUAUGACAAAUAAUUAUCCCAGUAUGUUUAUGUCUUUGCCAAAAGUUCCUGGCAUCAUUGAAGUUGGUGGUAUUCAUGUAGAGGCAGAAAAACCUUUGUCCAAAGUAAUUUUAAAAAAAUCACAGCCUAAAUAAUAUUACAUUUCUUUAACUAAUUUGCAGGAUUUGGAAGAUUUCAUAAAUAAUGCUGAAUAUGGUGUAAUUUUAUUCAGUUUGGGUUCAGUGGUAUCUGAAUCAUCAUUGGGUAUAGAUAAAAUAAAUAAUAUAUUUGAAACAUUUUCUAAACUUAAACAGAGAGUUAUCAUGAAGUUAGAUGUUAAAAGCUACAAAAGCCAGUUUUCAAAUGUAAAAAUAGUCAAAUGGUUUCCACAACGAGAUCUUUUAGGUUUAAAUUAUGACUAAUAAAUACAUACAUAAGUUAUUAACAAUAAUAUAACAUAAAUCAUUUUAUAGCACAUCCAAAAGUACUACUGUUUAUAUCGCAUGCUGGUAUAAUGAGUGUAAUUGAAACAAUUCAUUGUGGUAAACCAAUGGUAGCUAUACCAAUAUUUGGUGAUCAACCAUUAAAUGCUAAUCUUUUGGUUAAAAAACAAAUUGCUGUUAUUGUUGAUUAUAAAAAUUUGAAAGGUGAUCAAUUCUUCAAUGCAAUAAAUACAGCUCUGACAGAAGAAUACAGGUAAUACAAUUUUAGAUGAUAAUAUGCCUAUAUAGUAUUUUAUAUUAAUUGUUCCUUAAAACGGUUUAUUUUAGAAUAAAUGCAAUAAAACUUCAACAGUUGUACAAUGACCGACCACAGACACCUCUUGAAACAGCAAUUUAUUGGACGGAGUAUGUAAUUCGGAAUAAAAAUGAAUCUAAAGGAUUGUUAAAAAGUUCACUUAUACACUUAAAUUCUUAUGAAACAUGUUUGAUUGAUGUAUUUGCUGUUUGUGUUUUGCCAAUUAUUAUAGCUAUAGGUAUUAUACUUUGGACAAUAGCACACCUAAAAAAUAAUUAAAAGUAUUAAUAGCUUUGUUUUAUUUUAUUUAUUGAAUUUAUUUAAUGCCCAAUAGAAUAACAAAAUUAUAAAAAUGAGCAGAAUCGUUCAAGAUUUGUUGCUAGCAAUGCUAGUAAUUUAAAGUUUAUGUAUUAUUAAAAAUAAAAUCACUUUGAAGAUAAAGAAUACUUCAUUCUUUACAAAAAUAUUUUGUUAUAUAGUCCUAUAUAUAAUAUAACCUAUACAUCAUUAUUUCUAUAACAUAUCAGUGACUAAAAUUAUAUAUAAACCAUAACAAGUAGUAUACC